AUGUCGGAUCUCGCUCAGUACAAGAAGGACUUCCUCAAGUCUUGUCAUGACGGUGGCAUUCUCAAGUUCGGCACGUUCGAGCUCAAGUCCAAGAGAAUAUCUCCCUACUUCUUCAACGCCGGCGAUUUUCACACCGCCCGCCUCGCCGGUGCAAUUGCUAAGGCCUUUGCCCUCACCAUUCUCGAUGCCCAGAAGAAUGGUCUCGAGUUUGACAUUGUCUUUGGCCCCGCCUACAAGGGAAUUCCUCUGGCUACGGCCGUGACCAUCAAGAUUGGAGAGCUUGAGGCUGCCAACCUGGACAAGAUCUCCUACUCAUUCGACCGCAAAGAGGCCAAGGACCACGGGGAGGGCGGCAACAUUGUUGGUGCUGGCCUCAAGGGCAAGCGCGUGCUGAUUAUCGACGACGUUGUCACUGCGGGAACUGCCAAGAGAGAGGCUAUUGAGAAGAUUAGAAAGGAGGGCGGAAUUGUGGCCGGUAUUGUCGUUGCUCUGGACCGGAUGGAGAAGCUUCCGGCCACCGAUGGCGACGACUCCAAGCCUGGUCCCAGCGCCAUUGGUGAGAUGAAGAAGGAGUACGGCAUUCCGAUUUUCUCCAUUGUGACACUCGACGACGUCAUCGAUGGCAUGCGUGGCCUCAUCUCGGAGGAGGAUAUCAAGAAGGCUGAGGAGUACCGCGCCAAAUACAAGGCCAGCGACUGA